GCUACCGUGACAACUGUUUGUUUUUGAUUGGUUGAAAAUUUUCACGAAAAUCCAUCUAGAUCUGAAGUUUCUCAGACACAGUAUCAUUGAGAAUUAAAUGAAGAUUGACCAAUAAAUUCAGUUAUUGACGUAGAGCAAGAUGGCUCGAUUGACUCGUGAGGUGUGUGUUUUAAGUGCCUUAUUGGUGCUAGUGACUUCAGCGGCGAAUGUUUAUGCCGACAGCGAAGACUCUAAUGAUGGAGUCACCGUAGAGGUAGAAGAAGAGGACCAGUAUCGAAGCCCAUCAAUAAACUCAAAAAGCAUUUACUUAGCAGAGCAUUUUGAUGAUGAGAAUGCAUUUAAGAAAAAAUGGGUGAAAUCUGAGGCCAAGAAACAGGGUGUUGAUGAAAAUAUUGCUAAAUAUGAUGGUAAAUGGGAGAUCCAAGCACCUUCACGCAAGAUUCUGCGCGACGACCUGGGUCUGGUUUUGACGACAGAAGCAAAGCAUGCUGCCAUCUCUGCUCUGCUUGACAGGCCUUUCGAGUUCAAGGACAAACCACUUGUUGUGCAGUAUGAAGUUACUAUGCAGGAGGGCCAGAACUGCGGGGGAGCCUAUGUAAAGCUGCUCUCGCGCGGCGCCAACACCAAGGCGGACCUCCGCAAGUUCUUCGACCAGACGCCGUACACCAUCAUGUUCGGCCCCGACAAGUGCGGCAACGACAACAAGCUACACUUCAUCUUCAGGCACAAGAACCCGAAGAACGGGACCAUUGAGGAGAAACAUAGCAAGAAGCCUACCCAACGCCUAGAAGAUAUCUACAAGGACAAGGAGCCUCACCUGUACACGCUGGUGGUGCGGCCCGACAACACGUUCAGCGUGUUCGUGGACCACAAGGAGGUGAACGCCGGCUCGCUGCUCGAGGACUUCACGCCGCCCGUCAACCCGCCGCAGGAGAUCGACGAUCCCGACGACAAGAAGCCCGAUGACUGGGACGAGAGGGAGAAGAUCGUGGACCCGGCCGCCACGAAGCCGGAGGACUGGGACGAGGCGGCGCCGGCGCAGCUGCCCGACCCCGCCGCCGCCAAGCCCGCCGGCUGGCGCGACGACCAGCCCGACAUGAUCCCCGACCCGGACGCGCAGAAGCCGUCGGACUGGGAUGAGGACAUGGACGGCGAGUGGGAGGCGCCGCUGGUGGACAACCCACUGUGCUCCGUGGGCUGCGGCACGUGGAAGCCGCCCAUGAUCCCCAACCCCGCCUACAAGGGCAUCUGGCGGGCGCCGCUGAUCCCGAACCCCAACUACAAGGGCAAGUGGGCGCCGCGCAAGAUCCCCAACCCCGACUACUUCCGCGACGACCAGCCCUUCCGCAUGACGCCCGUUCACGCGGUGGGGUUCGAGCUGUGGUCGAUGUCGCCGGCGCUGCUGUUCGACAACGUGGUGGUGGCGGACGACGAGGCGGCGGCGGCGGACUGGGCGCGCCUCACCUUCGACCUCAAGCGCGCCAAGCUGUCCCGCGACUCGACUUCGCUAUGGGGUCGCAUGAUGCGCGCCAUGAACUACAGCCCGGGCUACUGGGCGCUGUACGGCGUGUACGUCGCCAUCCCCAUCGCCAUAUACGUCGCCUACCUCGUCAGGACCGCGCGAGAGGGCUCGGACGACCUGAAGAAGACUGACGGUGUGACGGAGGACGACCCGCACGACGAGGACGCGCCGCCGCGCCGCAAGACCGCGCUCGACGCCGAGCCCGAGCCCGAGCACGAGCCCGAGCCCGAGCACGAGCCCGAGCCCGAGCCUGAGCCCGAGCCCGAGCAAGAACUAGAGCCCGAACCCGAGAACACAGUGGAAACAACACCUCUAGUGGACACAGACGGCGCCGGUGACGGCCAGCGGAAACGGAAACCGCGCAAGGAGUGAGCGAGACGAAGAAACACAUUGAUGAGUUGCAAACCGAAUCUUAUCGGUCGAGCAAAACCGGUUGUAAGACUACUAACCGGUAAUUUUUUUUCGAAACGGAGUUUAAGAUAUUAAUAAAUAUUUUGCCUUCUAAAAACUAGAACAAAUUUCUUUUAGGUCACAAAAAUAUUCUGUGAGAUUUAUAACCGGUUUUUCUGGACCAGGUGUUUGCACUCUAGUCCUGUUUAGUUCAAUGAUAGUAGGCAGUCGCUAGGAGGAUAAAGGUCCAAAGUUAUUAAUAGUUUCGUAUUUUAACAGUUAUCCUACAUCUCCAUUUAAAUUAAAUAUAUGGUAAUGGUAUCUUUGUCGCAAAUUAUUAUGCGUUGAAAUGGUUUAAAAGGUAGACAAGGAAAAACAUUCCGUGAAAAAUGGGCCUCAAAUAAUGAAGUUGGCAACUGUCAAGUUUUUUUAUAGAUGACGCCAGCAUAGGUUUCCUCUGUUCUAGUUUUGUUCUACGAUAUUUUGGCUUAACCCCUUGGUGCCCAUUGACGUCAUAUGAUAUCAGUAUUUAACCUUAUUACGUUGAUAUAAGAUAUAGUAUAUAACUGUCUGGGUUCUGACAGGUUAAAGGGUAAAACCACAAUUUAACACUUGAUAGGAUUUACAAGGAAACCUAUACUAGUGCCUAAAGUUUCGACCGACCAACCCCAUUGACGCUACCCUCAAUCGAAUGAGUCGAAUAUCCUUGCUCUUAACGCCUUCACUGAACUGCGCUCGAUCUGCCAAAGAAGAUAUUUGACAUUGCCUUUUAGAACGAAAGAUACAAAUUGUAUAGCUGUAAUUAUCCUGAAAGCUCUGAUUUCCUAGGAUAGUGGAGCCGUCUUAUAGCGGCCGUAAUAUUACGGACGCAAAAUUAACGUUCCUUCAAUCACCACUCUAGGAAACCGCGCCAUUUUGUUUAAGGACGACGUUCUAGUGACGUCAUUCAACCGCUGUAUUACGGACGCUAUAAGACGGCACCGCUCUUCUAGGAAACCAGAGCUUAAAGGGGCGUUCACUGAUCGUAUUCGAAGCACGACUCCUCCUUACUCCGUAAUGAAUCGUAUUUAUGAACACUUAAGAAUACUUUGGAGGUAGAUGCAAAAUAUAAAGCAUUUUACUAUACUAAUUGUUAUUAGGUAUUUGAUUUUGAAUUGAGUCACUUUCGGUCUGAAGGUAUGGAUUUGUUUUUGUUAUGUUGUGAACAUUGAUUGGACUAAAAGUAUUAGUUUGUUUUGUACGUGUAACUAGAUUUACGGUUCGAUAUGUAUAGCUCCAGUAUACAAUGAAGAUGUUUGCAAUAGCAUACGCUAUUUAAUACAUUUGGUUAUUAUAACUAAAGGAAAUUAUAGGUGUAUAAUUACAUGUAAUGCUAGGGUAAUAACAAGUGUUCUCUCAUUAUUGUAUGAGUAUGUGAAAUUUUAAACAUCUUCAUUUAUGGGUAUAUCUAUUUAAAGUUGUACCCCCAACUUGCAUUUUAGAUUUUAGGAUUUUUUUGUCUAUUUCGAUCCUAAUACAAGAAAAAAAGUAUCCCCAAAAUAUCAUACCAUUUUUUUGUCCGUUUUAUUACGGCCGUAGAAGGUUGUACGGACGUACGUUGAAAACCGUAACCAAACGGACCAAAAAAUUUGGGGACAUUGUUUAGUAAAAAUAGGUAAAGCUGAUAUUCGACUUGAAAUAAUAUAAAAAAUCCCAAUUCUAACUGGUACGACAACUUUAAAUAGAAAUGCCCUUAUGUUACCUAAUGCAUUUCUAUGCUAUGAUUUAUUUUAAUGUUGAAUUAGUAUUUCAUAUAGUCUUGUGUUACAAUCACUUUACUACUAAUUUCAUAUAGUCUUGUUGCAAUACGAUUUAGAUACACAUUUGUCUUUCACUGUUGUUUUCUAUUGAGUUGAAUGUGUGUAUGUAACAAAUUAGUUGGAAAAAUGUUAUAAGAAAAAUACCUGUAUAUUCUAAUAUAAUAUUCAUUUUUUGUAAAGGUCAUGCUCAUAGGGUAUAUAUAAACAUUGUAACAUGGUAUGUAUAAAAAUAAACUUGUAUUUUUGUACAUAAGUACAAGUAUGAUAUAAGUAUUGUGUAGCAAGUAAAUACUACUGUAUGUGACAUAGUUUUGUCGCAGCAAUCGAUGUGAUUUACGUUCAUAUUAUUGUGACCAGGGGCAGAAGACUUGACACGUUCCUACUACGGAUUAUGUAUGUAUAUAAACCUACACGUAAGAAAAUGAGUGCGAUACGCUAUGCGCCCCUGAGCUAUGUCGUAAGCUAUAUUUUUAUCCACUCGGCGAUAAUUUGUUGAACAAACACAUUGUAUGAUUUCACGCGUAUAGUAUAGAAAUAUAUUACCAACUAUUAUCAUUUCCAGUUAUCUAUAUUUUUCGAUUUAGUAGUCGCUUAAAAGUUAAUAUUCAGACUUGUAAUGUCAAUACUUACUGCAUAAAAAAAGGUUUCUUUGUACAAAAAAUGUUGGAAUAAUAUGGCUGAAUAUUCAUUUAGCGGCGAACAUAAUUUCUAAAACAGUUUUUUUCUUCGAGCAACGCCGGUUUCCGGUGUUGGUUUUUUGUCAGUAGAUUUUUGACUUUUUCAUUUCUUCAGCUUUUCUUACUUAACUGUCGAAUUAUUGAGCAUGAUCCUAUAUAUGUAAUUGUCGGUUACCGUGAGAUGCAUUUCAUUAGUCCGUACGAGCGUGUGUGUGAUAUGAUGCUAUUGGACUGUAAUUUACAUUAAUAUAUUUAAUUAUUUGUA